AUGAAUUCUGCUUCGUCUGGCGCCUUUAUUCCUCGGUUCUCACCAGUACUCUAUCGCAUUCCUAUAACAUGUCUCAACUCUCAGACUACAGCCUUCUCUCCUUCUCUCCUUCGAUGUCUACGGCACGCUUGUGGACGGGGAGACGGGCAUCGUGGAGGCUCUCCAGCCCUUCACGCGCGAGCAGCUGCUCACCAUCUACCACGAACUCGAACGAGACCAGCAACAAAAGACCCCAGACAUGCCAUACACCCAGGUUCUAACCACAAUCCACCCCCAACUCGCCCAACGCCUAGGCCUGCAGCUACCAAGCAGGAAGAAAGCCUGCAAUUCGGCACCUCGAUCGCCCACUGGCCCGCCUUCCCAGAUACCGUGGACGCCCUGAAACGGCUCUCAGAGCACUACAGACUGGUCGUCCUUUCCAACGUGGACCGGGAAUCCUUCGCGAAGACAGAUGCAGGCAGCCUUCAGGGCUUUCCAUUUGAUCUGGUCAUCACCGCCCAGGAUGUGGGGUCCUACAAGCCCGAUCUGCGUAACUUCGAGUACAUGUUGCAUGCUGUUCGGUUGGCCUUUGACGGUAUCAGCGCAGAUCAGGUGUUGCAGACGGCUCAGUGCCAGUUUCACGAUCAUCAUCCUGCGCGGAAGAUGGAGAUUAGGUCUGUUUGGAUCGUAAGGCCUGUGGCCGUUAUGGGGAACAGUGGGAGGAGUGUUUAUGAUUGGAGGUUCGAUACAUUGGGGGAUAUGGCGGAUGCGUCGGAGGUUUGA